AUGCAAUUUGAGGAGAGAGAAGAUAAAGAUGGGAUUAGACUUUCAUGGUCUUCAAUACCGAGAUCGAAAAUACAACAUCAAAGAAACGUUGUUCCACUAGCGUCACUAUACACACCCUUGAAUGAUAAAAGCAAGGUUGAGCUUUUUGAUUCCUCGUGUCUUAUCACUUGUCGUACUUGCAGGUCUAUUUUGAAUCCUUUCGUACAUGUGAAUAAUCAAAUAUGGACUUGUCAGUUUUGUAGUUAUUCAAACCAACUAACAACAAUCACAAACGAAGAAGGAGAAACAAUCUUGCCGGUUGCAUUGAAUCCUCAAUUUACGACAAUAGAAUAUGAAACAGGAAGAAUAAGUCAAUUGCCUCCAAUUUUCUUUUUCGUUGUAGAUGUUUGUUUUGAAGGAGAAGAUGUUGAAGUAGCUUUUUCACAGCUAAAGGAAAAUUUAAUUAUUUCAUUGAGCUUGUUGCCAGAAGAUGCUCUAGUUGGAUUUGUUUCAUUCGGUAAGCAUGUAAAACUAUAUGAUCUAACAUCUCACGAUAAUUUAAGUUAUACGUUCAAUGGAAGUAAGACCUAUACUUUGGAACAAAUUCAAGAGGCAUUGGGGUUGUUAGGUGGUGGGCUAAAUACAGCAGGCCCUCAAAAAAACCAAGGACAGAACAAUAUACUUAGUCACUCUGCCAGACGUUUUUUGCAGCCCGUUAAUAUGGUUGAAUAUGAAUUAAUCAAUAUUAUUGAGAACUUAGUACCUAACGCUUUUUUGCAUGACAAUUUCAAGGAAAGACUUGACAGAGCCACAGGAAGUGCAAUCAAUGUUGCAACUUUGCUUUUGAAAUCAAUUUUUGGUGAAGGACAUAUUACUGGAGGUCAUUUAAUGGUAUUUUUGUCAGGAGUUUGUACAAUCGGACCGGGUAAAAUUGUCGAUAAGUUAUUGAAAACACCUUUGAGAUCACAUCAUGAAAUUGUUAAAUCACAAUCAUACAUCAAAGCACCAAUCACUUCAUCCGCUUCAAAUACAAAAUCUGACAUUGCAUUGUUCAAAAGUGCUAAAAAAUUUUAUGGUGAGUUGACCAAAACUUUAAUUUCAUUAGGUUUGAGUUGUGAUAUAUUUAUUGGAAGUUAUGAUCAGGUUGGGUUUUUUGAAAUGGAGGAUCUAUGUAGUAAAACCGGAGGUGUUGUGAUUAUGAGUGAUUCUUUCAGUACUUCUAUCUUCAAGCAAAGUUUUACUAAAUUUUUUAAAAAACAAGAUAUAGAAGAGGGAAGUGAGGAAUAUCUUGAUAUGGCUUUCAAUGCCAGUCUUGAAGUUAAAACUUCUUCGGAUCUUAAAGUUGAAGGCUUGAUUGGUAAUGCAACAGCUUUACCUCUCAAUAAAUCAAUACCAUCAAAUGAGAGAAUGAUUAGUGCUACAAAAGAAAUAGGAGAGUCCAAAACAAAUUGUUGGAAACUUUGUAGCGUAGACCCUCAAUCAACUUAUGCCAUUUAUUUCGAGAAAUUAGACAGUUCAUUAUCCUCAAAUUCUGCCUUCAUACAAUAUUUAUUCCAUUAUCAACAUCCUGAUGGAAAAAUGAGGCUACGAGUUACAACAGUACCGAUAAAUGUUAUACCUGAUUCUGACAACGUCCAAUUAGAAUCAGGGUUUGAUCAAGAAGCAGCAUUGGUUUUGAUAGCUAGGGAAGCAAUGCGAAAAGUACAGACUGACUCGCAUUUGAAAUUCAUAUCUAGUGAAGCGAUCAUCAAACAAUUAGAUCAAACUUUAAUAGAAUUUUGCACUAGAUUCGCAGUGUACAAUAUUGGUGUCAUGGAAUCCUUCAGGUUAUCAAUCUCAUAUUCCUUGUUUCCGCAAUUUUUAUAUCAUUUAAGAAGAUCACCAUUUAUUAAUGUUUUCAAUAGUUCACCAGAUGAAACUAGUUAUGUUAGACACAUAUUUAUGCAUGAAGACUUGGCAAACUCUUUAUUAAUGAUUCAACCUACUUUAUUAUCAUAUGAUAUAAAUACGUGGAAUUCUGAUUUAGAUGAGUCUGAUCCAGAUGGAAACACGAUAAAUGAGCCUGAGCCGGUAUUAUUGGAUUCAAUGAGUUUAGGUAGAAGCAAAAUAUUAUUACUUGAUACUUUUUUUCAGAUUUUGAUUUAUCAUGGCUCUCAAAUUGCCGAAUGGAGAAAAGCUGAAUACCACGAGCAAAAAGAAUACGAAUAUUUCAAGACUUUUUUGGAAGCUCCAAAGGCAGAAGCAAUUUCGUUACUCAUGAAUAGAUUUCCUUUACCACGAUUUAUAGAUUGUGAUGAAGGUGGGUCUCAAGCAAGGUUUUUAAUGGCAAAAUUAAAUCCUAGCACAAGCUAUGCAACCAACGUAAAUCAUUUUUACGGGAUUGGUGAUAGAUCCGAUGUGUUCACAGAUGACAUUAGUCUACAGCUGUUUAUGGACCAUAUUCAAAGAGUAGUUACUUCCAAAAAAUAA